GCUGUGUACAUUGUUGGCUUUGGCUGACCAGUUUAAGCACAGCGCAGCGAGGCAGUGGACCCACACACUCAGUCUUCUGCAGCGGCUGAGUUGGAUGGGAGUAGUUGUUCCCGCUUCCGUUUUUAAACAGACAGGGAGGAGCUCCUCUUGUGGUGCUACUGUUACACCUACUUGUGCUACCUCUAGUUGUAUUACUGCCACAUCAACUUGUGGUACCUCUACGUCUACUUGUGUUACUGUUACGUGAGUGAUGCACACGUGAGACGCCGCGACACUAUUAGUGAAGGCAAGAUGGAUAUGUUUGCUUCAGCCAACAAUGUCAUUCUCUCCACCAAGUCUACCGUUGACAACUUCUCCACGGGACUCAGCAACCUGGCCGACAGUGUAGGCACGGCGGCCUUCCUGGUCAUCGUGGCCGGGGCCAUGGUGGUCAGCGCUGGCCUCGGUGGCCUCUCCAUCACAGGUCUGGCCAGGAUGGACGAAUAUCUCGGCUGGCCACUGUGGUCCAGGAUAUUUCCAAACUGGCAAGAGGAGCUGGGUCCAGACCAACGCCAUAACAGGGGGUCGGAGGCUGUGUCCUUCGUGUUGAGGCUGUUGACUGAUGCUGUCAAGAAGUACGAGAGACGAGAGAAGCUGCGAUAAUGAUGCUGCUUCUCCAGCGUAACACAGACUGAUGUACCUGCGAGAUAAGUUGAUCAAGUUAUUCCUGCAACAUAGAUUGUUAAUAUUAUACCUGCAACAUGGGUUGUUAAUGUUAUACCUGCAACAUAGGAUGUUAAUGUUAUACCUGCAACAUAGGUUAUUAAUGUUGUACCUGCAACAUAGGUUGUUAAUGUUAUACCUGCAACAUAGAUUGUUAAUGUUAUAUCUGCAACAUAGGUUGUUAGUGUUAUACCUGCAAAAUAGAUUGUUAAUGUUAUACCUGCAACAUAGAUUGUUAAUGUUAUACCUGCAACAUAGGUUGUUAAUGUUAUACCUGCAACAUAGAUUGUUAAUGUUAUGCCUGCAACAUAGAUUGUUAAUGUUAUACCUGCAACAUAGAUUGUUAAUGUUAUGCCUGCAACAUAGGAUGUUAAUGUUAUACCUGCAACAUAGGUUAUUAAUGUUGUACCUGCAACAUAGGUUGUUAAUGUUAUACCUGCAACAUAGGUUGUUAAUGUUAUACCUGCAACAUAGAUUGUUAAUGUUAUGCCUGCAACAUAGAUUGUUAAUGUUAUACCUGCAACAUAGAUUGUUAAUGUUAUGCCUGCAACAAAGGUUGUUAAUGUUAUGCCUGCAACAUAGGUUGUUAAUGUUAUGCCUGCAACAUAGGUUGUUAAUGUUAUACCUGCAACAAAGGUUGUUAAUGUUAUACUUACAUCAUAGGUUGUUAAAGUUAAACCUGGGACAAAGAUUGUUCAAGUUACACCAGCAACACAGUUUUCAAGUUAUAGUUGCACCUGCAACAUAGUGUUAAAGUUACACUUGCAGCAUAGAUUGUUAAAGUUAUACCUGCAACAGAGUGAAGAAAAUAUUUCACAUGCCAAACUGCAUUAUUCCUACUUCUACAACGGUGUAAUAGUUCUGCCCCUGAAUCAUGCAGUAGCUUUGCUUCUACAAUACAGUAAAUGCAACGUACAUUUCUUAUUUACUAAUCAAUCGUUACUUCAGGUAUGAAUGUUCAUUCUCUUGCAGUUUAUCCCAUUUUCUUUCACAAUGUCUGACCUUCGUUGUAAGUUCAAGUGCUGCUCCUCGUUUUCUACGACAUUCAUUUAUAUUAAGGUAUAUUAAUGUAAAUUAAUGUCACACACUAAGUUUACUAAUACUCUGAUGUGUCUGUCGGAUGAUGGUAAUAAUUGUUACAUUUGAGAUGUUCAGAUGAUUAGUAUAUUUAUAUAUUUAUUUCAUUAUUUAUUAUUUAUUGUU